AUGGACGAAGUGGUUCCAGGCCUAUGGGUAGGUGGGGUGCGAGCCGCAAUGGAUGUUGACUAUCUCUCGCGGGCAGGCGUAACAAAUAUCAUCACAUGCAUGAAGCAGAACAUCCCGGUACCACGGCCGCUCGCAGACGGGAGAACAAUCACGAGGGAGCAUAUGAAGCAUGUCCGGAUCGACGACGAAGAAAAGGCACCUAUCUUGGUGCAUUUUGCAGACUGCAACGAGUUGAUCGCCGAGCAGCUGAAAGAGGAAUGGAUUCCCGACACUCCCGACAUCUCCACCACAACCGACGAUGAGAUGGCGGAGGAGGAACAAGUCGAUCAAGUGCAACACCUCGUGGCAGGCCGACAGAAGCGAGGUGGGCAAUGGGGGACAUGGCAGACCACCGGAGCUGGCACCGUACUUGUUCACUGCCAAGCUGGCUGUUCUCGCUCAAUCGCCAUCGUUGCGGCCUACCUGAUGCACACUCGGCGCAUCUCUGCCGCUACAGCUGUCUGUAUGCUGCAGAAGCGAAGGAAAGAUGCAGAGCCCAACAAGGGGUUCAUGGCUCAACUGGAGCUGUACGAGCAAGUUGGCUACGAGAUCGACAUGAAGUGGCAGGCAGUCAGACGGUACUUGAUGAGCAAGACCGACAUUCUCAAUGGCGAUAGUAUCGACGAUAUGUUGCUCAGCUACUAUCCCAGUCCGUAUCUGAGUCCGGCAUUGGGUGCGAGCGGGUUGAAAGGCUUUACUGCUAUCAAGCCGCUUCCACCAGCUCAUAAUGCAAGUGCCAGUACGGAAGUCGGCGAUGAUGGCGGAUUGAGUGUCGAGAAUCAGCCUACAGCAAUCACAAAAUCGCGCAGAAAUUCCACAAGCAACGCAAAAAUGCGUUCUUGUUCGGCAUCUUCUUGUUCCAUCUCUUCCAACACUUGUCCAACAUCAGCACCGAGGAUCUCGCUUCUUUCGUCCAUCGCACCAUCACCAACGACGGCGAACAGCACUCACAACUCGGUCGGAAAUUUCGAUAGGCAGUUGUCCACCAUGGUCACUCCUUCCACCGACGCUGGACCGUCUACUGGUAGCAGCAGCGCCAACACGGAAGUCAAAGUCACAGCCAACUCAUCCGGCCGUCUUCCUGGCGGUGUUAGGAAUAUUCGCGGACAUGAGGGUCUCAACAACCGAGGAGCCUUGCCAAAGCCACAGUUCACGGGACCAAAGCUGAGAUGCAAAGGAUGUAGGAGAGAGUUGGCGGCGCACGACCACGUCGUGAUUCAUGAGCCGGGUAAAGGGCAGAUGGCCUUCGAUCACAGUAGAAGGGAUACUGGGCAUGCGGAAUUGAACAAGAUCAGCGAUAUUCGCGAGAGUGCCCAGCAAGAUGGAGCAGCAGCACUAUCGGUGGAGAGUGCUGUGAAUGGAGAGGCUGCAGUGGCAACGACAACCGAACAAAGCACCGAGACUGAUGCAAGUCCACCAAAACCGCCAGGCAUCCAAACGGCAGCAUCACUAGCAUCUCAACUACCACCUCACCUAGCCGCUCUCCGUCGUGGCGGCAACCGACGACAACCUCCACCACUUGCCACCUCGACCCUCCCGCACGCACCGCACGCACCGCACGCACCGCACACAUUGCCACUACGGACAACUAGGUCGAUGAACAGCAUGCUCAAAUCACCGGCAUGCAGCAGCUACUUUAUCGAACCGAUGGCCUGGAUGUCGCAUCUUUCCAGCGGACAAGUGACGGGCAGAUUGAACUGUCCAAGUGCCAAAUGUGGCGCAAAACUGGGUAGUUGGGAUUGGGCAGGCAUGCAGUGUGCAUGUGGAAGUUGGGUUACUCCCGCCUUUGCGCUCCAUCGGAGCAAGGUCGAUGAGAUUUGA